AUGACCACGAAUUCCAAGGGCAUUCUGUAUGCCCUGGUGGCCCGUGGCCCCGUCAUCCUCUGCGAGUACAAUCUUGUGAGAGGCAAUGCCCCUCUUGUUGCCUUGAACCUGCUUGAAAAGUGGGUGCCUCGCCCAGACGCCAAGGCCUCCUAUGUGGCCGACAAGCAUGUCUUCCACCUCCUCAGCGAUGGGGAGCUCACCUACCUCUGCAUGUCUGAUGAGAGCUUGGGGCGGCGAGUGGCCUUUGCCUUCCUUGCUGACGUCCAGUCUACCUUCCUGGCGGCACACGGAGCCUCCACACGGUCUGCCCUCGCGUACGAGCUGAACACGGCCUUUGAGCCGGAGCUGCGCAGCCGGAUGCUGCGCCUGAACGCCGACCCCCGGGCUGAUGCCCUCACCAGGAUACAUGGUGAUGUGGCGGAGCUCAAGUCCAUCAUGGUAGACAACAUUGACAAGAUCCUGGAUCGGGGCGAGCGGCUCGACCUGCUCGUGGAGCGCACAGACGACCUCGCCUCCUCCACCUUCACCUUCAAGCGGGAGGCGAGGAGGGUGCAUGGCGCGCUGUGGUGGCGCAGCGUGCGCCUGCGCGUCUGCAUCCUCGCUCUCUGCGCACUGUGCCUGUACGUCCUGCUGGCCGUGGUGUGCAGCCCGACCCUGCACUGCUGA